AUCUUAAUGAAGGGGAACUAUAGUAGAAAGCAUUCUUUAGAAAGACUUGAUUAUUACUAUCAAGUUAUUAAUACCACUGUCUUAUCUAAACAGAAUGCUGCAAGUGGCUUGAUUCCUGCUUCCGUUGCAAUCACUACACAUGGUGAUUAUACAGAUGCUUGGGUUAGAGAUAAUGUCUACUCGAUUUAUUGUGUAUUUGGCCUCGCCCUUGCUUACAGAAGAGUAGAUGAUACCACUGGAAGAGCAUUUGAGCUUGAACACGCUGUUGUAAAAUUGAUGCGUGGUCUUUUGUUCUCAAUGAUGCGUCAGGCACCCAAAGUUGAAAAGUUCAAAAAGACAAACAAUAUUCUUGAUGCUCUUCAUGCUAAAUAUAAAACCGAGACUGGUGCUACUGUUGUAGGUGACAGAGAAUGGGGUCAUCUUCAAAUUGAUGCUACCAGUUUCUUUUUGGUCGCUUUAGCUGAUAUGACCACAAGUGGACUCAGUAUUAUCUACACUCAAGAUGAAGUUGAUUUCAUUCAGAAUUUGGUUUUUUAUAUUGAACGUGCUUAUCGUACACCUGACUUUGGUAUUUGGGAGCGCGGUGAUAAGGUCAAUCAUGGUGAACCAGAAUUGAACUCUUCUUCAAUCGGUAUGGCUUAUGCUGCUCUUCGCGCUAUCAAUGGUGUCAACUUGUUUGGUGCUCGAGGCAGCUCUUCUUCUACGAUAUAUGUUUUACCUGAUGAAAUGACACGUAACAAAAUCACACUUCAAAGUGUAUUGCCCAGAGAAUCCCAUUCUAAGGAAAUUGAUGGUUCUGUCAUGUCUGUCAUUGGUUUCCCUGCAUUUGCUGUAGAAGAUCCUGCUUUAAUCGAAUUGACACGUUCUGAAGCCAAAAAGAAGUUAGAAGGUCGUUAUGGUUGGAAGCGUUUCUUGAGAGAUGGUCACCAAACCGUUUUGGAAGAUCAUAGUCGUCUCCACUACAAUGAAAGCGAAUUAAAAAUCUUUGAGAAUAUUGAAUCAGAAUGGCCUCUCUUUUUUACUUACAUGGUUUUGGAAGGUUUGUUUACCGAUAAUUUGGAACAAGCAGAUGAAUACCGCAAGAAACUUGAGUUUGUCGCUAUUGAUUCUGCCUAUUGGGACCCUGAAAACCCUCGUCCUCCUGAAGACUACAAGACAAACAAUAAGCGUCCCACUGCUCCUUGUCGCACUGCUAGUCUUGACCUUUCUACUGCACCCGCUGAUUUGCAUAUCCCGCUUAUUCCUGAACUCUACUAUGUUCCUAAAGAAUCCAUUGAUGCUGAGAAAGCAGACCCUCAUUCACAAAAGAGAAUUCCUAAUGACAACACACCCCUUGUUUGGGCUCUUUCUCUCUAUUUGUUGGGUAAUUUGAUUUACGAGAACCUUUUAUCUGCUUCCGAACUUGAUCCUCUUGGUCGUCGUUUUAAUGUGAAGGGUGUAAAAGCUGAUAAUGUAGUUCAAGUAGUCCUCUUGUCCGAAAACGAAAAGUUACAAAAGACUUUAUCCACCUACGGUCUUGAAACACAAUCCAUUGACCAAAUUUCUUCCAGCUUUACUGUCUUGCCUCCUCAAGCACUUGCUGAUGUGUAUGGUGCAUUGGGCCAAAACUCCAAGCUAGGUCUUUCAGGUAGACCUAAUCGUCCUAUUGGUACUUUGGCUACAUCUCGUCUCUACCGUAUCGAGGGCCAUAUUUAUGCUUUUACACCUCAAUUCAUGGAUGUUCAUUCUUUCUAUCUCAACUCGGACCCUGACUACUUGGUCUCUACAAUCGAAAACGAAAUCAGCUCUACCAAUGCUCACUGGACUUUCCCUGGUCGUCCUACAAUCACGAUUGUCUUGACCAAUGCCAUGUUGGGUGACAUUACUCGAUCUGAAGUCAUGCCUGCUAAUCGCAGUAAGGCUCUUGUCAAUGCUCUUUUGACCUCUGACGCUUCCAAGAAAAACUUGCUCAACUUCUUUAUGAACUUGCGAUCUGGUGAAUGCAAUGGUGUACGUUUACGCUUAUCUCGUCUUACAGAAACGGUGAAUACAAGCAACAUUGAGUCUUUGGACUUCUUGAUCAACAAGCCUGAUGUGGACUGGAGCACUAUUUUGUCUAACAAUAAGUCUUAUCAUCACAAGCAUCAAUCACAUCGCCGCCUUGGUCUUGACCAAAACUCUUCAUUGAGUUCCCCUGGUGGCGCUCUUACUCCUGGAGGCGCAAGAACACCUAGACGCCGUAGUGUGUUCCAUGGCAAAUCCUUGGAUACACCUUUGGAUAAGAUUGAUGGCCGUGAUAGUUACUUUCAAGAUAUUGUUACAGCUUUGGAGAGAAUUAAUAGUGAUGGUGUCACUGCUUUCAAGCUGAAGGAUCAUGAAAUUGCUCCUGAAGCCAAUGGUUUGAAUGGCCCAGCUAAUACCAAUCAAGCUAAAUCAGAAGAAUCCAGCGAAACUAAAGGCCCUUCUGCUCGUUUGUCUGUUGAAACAGGCGAAGCUAGUGGUAGCGAAAUGCUCUUGUCAUUGACUCUGGGUGACAUGUCCCAAUUUGAUGAUGCUAUUAAGAGUCUUCAAGCUUCUGUCAAUCUCUAUGAUCAAAUCGACUUGUUGCAAUACUUGACUUCCUGUAAAAAUUUGGACGAGUUCAUUCCAGAACUAGAUGCUACUAUUCGAAACCUUUUGGAAGAAGUAUAUGUGAAGUCUAAGCGUCUUCAAUACUGGUCUAUUGCUCGUCAAGUCAGUGGUCUGCUUUCCAAGACAAUGCCUACCUUGACCGAAAAUUUGACAGACUUGGUCAUUCGCCAAAAACAAGUCAGCAUUGGCUCUGGUUCUCGAGAACUUUUGAUUUCGUCUCCUUUGGGUCCUGAUGCCUUGAACAAGAUUAUCUCUGAACAAGGUUUGGAUGAUGUUCGUGAGGGUCCUGUUGUGCAAGAAAUCAUUAUUUCCUUGGGUAAUUUCAUCCGUACUAAUCCUAGUAUGUUUGAUGGUAUUUUGCGUCUUCGUACCCACUUUAUUAUCAUUGCCUUGCGUGAAGAAAUCAGUCGUUUGAAUGGUUUUAAUGAAGAAGAAGCUAUCGAACACUUGAUGCAGCUCUCUCCCUUUGAAUUGCAAUCAUUGCUGGGUACAGUCAUGUCUGGUCCUGGUAUGUGUGAAGAAACAACUAUUAUGGUGCGUGAUAAGCCUGGAGGAUACUUGAUCUUGUCUCAAGAAUUUGAUCCCAAUCGUCAACUCAGUUCAGAAGUACCAUCUUUGAAAUUGCCUCCUUCCAAGAAGAAGGAGCAAGUCAACAAGGAGCAAGAAAAGGCAAAGAACACGAUCUUUAUUCGUGCUCAAUCUGGUGGUUACAAUGCAGGUAACUUUGCUCGCGCAGAAAUCAAUGGCAAUAUCUUGGCAGCCAAUACUCGUGGUCUCCAUGUUUGGGCUAUUGAUCGUUCCGAAAAGGUAGUGAUGGAGCAUGCUUCAUUUGAUACACAUAUUUCUACAGAUGAAAGUGAAGAUCUUGUUCAAUUUAUUCGCAACUUGAGCCCUGGUUUGAUUGUCGUCGUGGCCUCCAAAGAUGAUUUCACUGAACAUCUCACCAAAGACGCUGCUGAAGCUUUGAAGAGUUUAGGUGCUCAACAAAUUGACAAUGUCAAGUACCGUGACUCUUAUGUUUUGAUUGCUGAAAAAAAUGGUGAUCGUGCUGUUGAAGCUCAUAAGCCAGCAAAUGAUGGCCCUACUGAUUUGGUUGAAGAGGAGUUUGCUUUACUUAAGAAGCAUGAUAUUUCACCUUCAGAAAUCAGUACUAGCAACAUUAGCCAUUUCUGUCCUACUUCCAAUGGUCGUUGGUUGCGUCGCAGAAAGAAUGAUGGUGCUCUGAAUCGUGUUCCUUCUCAUUUCUUCUCACGUACAUGGUCUGUGCUCGAUAAAUGCCAUGGCUUCCAGAUUGGUAAUCAAAACUUGCCCCGUGAUCCAACCGUGUUUGAAAAGACACCUGAAGAAUUCAACUUUGCCUUAGCUGUUGAGGGCUUUUUAGGCAUCCUCAGAGACCCUGCCGAGCGACAGAUUGCUACUGAAAUUCUCUCUUUAAUUUACCAAAAACAAAAGGAAAAUCCAUCCAUCCAAUUCAUUGAACAACUUAUUGAUAUUCCUGCUAUUAUGGAUGGUGCUAUUGCGGAUUUCUGGAACAAGUGGGUUGAGAAGAAUAAGGAAACAUUUGAAAAGAGUCCAUUGUUUGCCAACGGAUUUGACUACAACGAUCACAAAGAAAUGGCACAUAACUUGUUCUAUGAUCUUCCUCUCGCUAAUUCUGAAGAAAGCACAUCUACUUAUCUUUCUAGAAGCAUUUCUAACGCUUUGCAUAUUUAAUUCUAUUGC